AUGUCUUGCUUCUACCUCCCUAAGAAGCUUAAACAACUACCUUCUUCUUCUAAGAAGGCUUGGAACUCCUUCAAGUCCUCUCUUUCCCCCAAACUCCGCAACUUCCGUGACACCAGUCGCAGCCUCAGCACUCUCCCUAGAUCCGUCACGAGAACCGCCUCCCUCCUUUUCGAUCUCCGCCCCCAAAAACGUCGCCGUUCUAUUCCUACGCCGCAGCCAGCUCGUGCAACUCGCGGUGUGUCACGUGACUUUUAUUAUUUCAAUCAGUACAACUAUCAACAUCUUGAACCGUACACUUCCGGCCCUAAUAGUCCUGCAACGGUCUACGUUGAUCGCCUUUUCGGGGAGUCCUUGUCGUCGUCGACCACCACGAAAGAAGCGGGUGUUGGUGUUACAAUAAUGGAAGCAGCUUCAACAAGUAAUAAUAAUACGAUAAGAGAAGAAGGCCGCGGCGGAGGUGGUGGCGGUGGCGCAAAGAAAAGGAAGAAAGUAAAGAAUAAUAAUAAUAAUUGGAAAGAGGUAGUUUCAUCGAUGCCGAAUAUUAGAGGAACAGUUGAUGAAAGGGCAGAAGAGUUUAUUUCAAGGUUUCGACAAGAGAUGCAAAUACAGAGAGAACAGUCUCUUAUUGAAUUCCAGGAGAUGUUAGCUCGCAGUGCAUGA